CAACCGCCUACCCCAACGCCACACACGCACGAAUCCCGGAGCCCGGUGAUGCUUCUUUAGCAGAAGCAAUUCACUAUGACGCUUGACGCGGUAACGCGACAAUGGAUCAUUGGGGUGACCCUUGGGCAGAUAGUAAUGUCGAGCAACAAAAGUCCCCGACCAAGAACGCGGUGAUUUCACCUCCACCACCAACACUUGCGCCUGCCCCAGUGCUAUUGAAUGGGUUCCUUGACGAUGCAGGCUGGGGGAACGAAGAUGAGAGUUUUGGCGACUGGAGUGCGUCGACUGGAAUCGGUGCUCCCAGCAUCGCCCAUGUAGACACUCGGCUACCUAGCCCGAGCCCCUUGAGAAACCACAACGUCGCUGAAGAUACUUUACACUGGGGCGUAGACGAGGGAGUCAAAGAUACCAUACCGAAUACCGAGGAAACAUGGGCAGGAAAAAAUGGAGAAUCUUCUGACCUCGAUAACGGCACUUCGGACACGUCAGAAACAUCGACCACCAUUCAGGCAGACGCAGACGCAGAUCCAGACGCAGAUCCAGAACGAAACGCGAAAGAUGCUGCGACCCGGUCGCAACCUGACGACUCCGACUCCGCGCGACCAUCUACAUCGCAAUCCGAGAUCAGCCGCCAUGAAGCGCCGGUCGAAUCCUCUCGGACAUCGCUUGAAGACGAGGAGGCUACUGCAAAGCGCACUAUAGAGGACGUAGAGUCAAAAGAAGGCCACGGAAAUGUUGACAAGAAGGAGAAUGAGGAAGAGGGCCAUGGCUCAAGUUCGGACAGCGAUAGUACUGAGGAGGAAUACGGAACUUCUACAGCAGACACGCUCCUGACUGAAAGUCCUCAGGAUCGAAGUGAUGCCGCUGAAGACGUAACAGGUGACUCCAAGGAAGACGAGCCCAGAAACUCUACAUCGUCACGCACUGAGCCGACACCAGCAUCCCCGCCAAUAACCACCGCCGCACAAUCUCAUAUCGGAAGAUAUCAGCUUGAUGCUGCUCUUCUUGAUGAACUAUUCCCUUCAAAGAAAAAUGAAGCGGAACUGGAUGAAGCUCCGGAGAACCCGAUAUAUUCAACCUCGGGGCGCAAGGCCUGGUAUCGACUCACACGCAAGCAAACUAUGAAGGAGUUCAAUAGCGGCAACAGCGAUGACAGCUACGUUCGAGUUACAUGGCCGGGCUCUCAAGUCAGGUCUGAGGUUCACAAGACUGUAGCUAGGUGGGCGCGCGAAGACCGCAUGUCAGGCACAGGACCCGGUGCCCGGGCUUCAUUUUACUGGGACACCCCAGCACCAGUCGAACCCAGGAUACCCAAGGGUCACCAGCGUACGAAGACGUCAGUCCCUACUGAGCGCAUAAACGCACCAAUGAGGCAAAGCCUUCCACCAAUGGCUACAAACACGGCAGCUGCAUUCAACUGGGCUUCUCCCACAUCCACAAGAAACCCUUGGAAACAAGACAACUCAAGUCUGAGCUCGGUAGUCUCACUUCCUACGUCCAAGCCCACUGCUAUACAAAAUGAGCGAACGCAAGACUCCCAUCCUGUCUCAAUGGAUCUUGCGCAUGGUGUUGGAGAAAGACCAGGGUCAACGGUUAUUUCCCCUGAAACACCCAAUGUCGCGAACACAAUACUACUUCCACCUCCGACCACAACGUCAGCAAGCUCAUGGGGAGACACCAGCACUCUCGACACAAACAACGCUGUUCCAAAACAAAGCACCAAUGUCCCCGAUGACGAAGACGAUGAUUGGGGUGAGAUGAUAUCAAGUCCCACCGCGUUUCCCCCCGUUUCAGCCUUUCCGAACUCUAUAUCCGCCACUCCUGAUAAUACUGUGUCAACUUUGGAUUCAGCCCCUGAAAAUUCGCCACUUGAAGAUUCAUCAGCCGACGCCAUGCACGCCGCUUCUAUUGUUCGCCUGAAGAGUACAAUAUCGCCCACCUCUGCCGUAUUUGGACGAAAGAGCUUUGUUCCGUUUGGUGCUGAACAUGGCCCCAUUGGACCUGUGAUCUUGAAGCCGGUCAAGCGGUCUGUCGCUUCUACACCCGAAAAGUCCAAGCCCGAGGCGCUAUCAGUGCCAUUACGGGCAACUCCUCCACGUAAAGCACGGGAGGCGACGCUAGUACGCGAAGUGGAAAAGACAUCUGAUGUUACGACUAAGGAUCUUGAGCCUUCAGCAGAGAGUAUGGUGGAUGACUUUUCUGUGUUCGAGACCAGCACUUUAGAGUCGGAGCCUGUUCAACCUAUGACUCCGCCUCGAGCUCCAAUGAAGCCCGAGCCGAUAGUUGAUUCAUGGGCAGACGCGGAUUUCUCAAUCUUUGAAUCAGCUCCAACAACAGCGAUUGCACAACCAAAAGCAAAACAUGAGCCUGGAGAUCCUUUUUCUGUCUUCCAGACUCCUCCACCACGACCAAACAGCGCUGCAUCUUCAGCCAAGACAUUUACUCGGUUAUCACCGCCGCGCGUUGUGACACCGCCGGCCAUCCAGCCUCUCACGGGCGCUACCAACUCCGCCCAACGGCGGAAGAACGAGGAAGAGAGAACGAUUAGAGAAAUACUGGCCGGGUUACCGGAUUUGAGUUAUAUGUUGCGAUAGAAAGAUGUUAUUCUUUCCAGUGGCUUUAUUGGCAUUGUUGAGGCCUUUUGUAUUGCAUAUCACCUGGCGUUUUGGGGGUAUGAUCGGAGAAUUCAUAUAUAGGACUUGUUUUUUUAUUACACUGGUUGAGAUCAUUCAGAGAUCAUGGAUCAUGUUUAUAUGUGUACAAUUGGGUACUUUUUUUCAUUAUUCCGCAGAGUAUAGAGGCUAGCACUCAUACACGAUGGAUUCUUUUUACUUGUUUUACAUGUACAUCUUUCCACUAUGAUUGUGUCGUUGCUUGCAUACUAUCUUUCUAACAAUCACAUGUUGUUAUGAGCAC